UAAACAGGAAGUGUAGCGAAACAGACCGGAAGUCGCUUGGAAGGCCUGAAAGGCACCGCCCACCAGCCUACGUCAGCAGUCACGUGAAGGAUCAUCUUCCGGAAGAAUGAGCACGGCGGCGCUGACGGCGGGUCUGGACCGGAUCCCGGACCAGCUCGGGUACUUGGUGAUCAGCGAGGACGGAGUUCUGGCGUCGGCAGGUGAGCUGGAGAACGACGAGCACACGGCGAGCGUCAUAAUGCAGAUGGUCCGGACCGCGAACCGCUUCCGGUUAUCUGGAUCUGCGGACCACUUCCGGUCACCCGGAUCCGAGGACGUCCCGUUUAAGCGCAUGUCCGUGGUUCUGGAGGACUUCGUCUUGGCGGUGACCGUUUCCGGUCAGAAGGUGUUUGUGGUCAAACGUCAGCACGCGCAUCCUGAGCACGUCACAGCGUGAAGGCGGGGCCAGGCGGAGAGGACGACAGUCCACCUUUGGACCGAGUCGGAACCGACUUGCUCAGUAAUGAACUGAUGUGACCCACCAAUCGCACAGAACUGGAGCAAGUUCUCUAAACAGUUUCGGUUCUGUUUGGAUCAUUGGACAGAACCCAGUUACGUUUAGGUUCUGGACCUUUACAGAACAAGGUCAGCUACAGUGGUUCUGAAGGCAGAGCGGAAGACCGAUCCUGCAAAGGUUCUGCUGCAUGUUUUGGAUUCUGAAAUAAAAUCUUCAUCUCCCAAAGAAACCAGAUUUUCUGUCAGAACUUGUCAUUUAAAUAAAGUUUUAAUGUUUUGAAAACUGAUUCAAAUAAACAUAC